UCCGCUAAGCACCGCAGCAACCGGCUCGGUUCGCGCGGAUGGGUCGUCAGAAGCCAUCGCCAUUGGCUUCCGUCGACCUUCUCGAAGGCACCAAUGCUACCGUCUCCGCUAUCUACGCAAAUCCUUCCUAAUCAGCUAUCCUUCAAGGCAGAGUUUUUCCAGAUUGUGGGCACCAUUCACGCGAUAGUGGAUCGGCGGCCCCCGAUGCUCCCUCGAUGAUGCGCUGAAAAGCCCUCAUCGCGAGCUAUAAAGCUCCCCUCCCAGCUCUCUUUUACAAACCAGCAACGGUCACUUCAGACAACCGCACACCAUGCAGCUCCUUCAAUCUCUCUCCGCGGGCCUGGUGCUCGCCGGCAGCUGCCUGUCCCUGGCUGGCGCCCGUUCCAUUCCCCAGGCCAAGGGUCUCGCCGUGAGACAGACUCCUCAGAAGAUCGCUCCUAAGGUCUUCAUCAUGUCCAUGUUUGAGCCUGAAGCUGCCAUCUGGUGGGGUAUCCCCGAGUUCGACCUGCUCGCCCACAACAUCACCAUCCCCGGUGCUUCCCCACUCUUCCCGGAUGUCCACUGUACUGCCGACUACAGCAUCUGCCAGCUCGUCACCGGCGAGUCCGAGAUCAACGCCGCCGUUACUGUCUCCUCUAUCAUCUUCAACCCUCUGUUUGACCUGACCCACACCUACUUCUUCGUCGCCGGUAUCGCCGGUGUCAACCCCGAGGAGACCACCAUCUGCAGUGUGAACUUCGCCCGCUAUGCCGUCCAGGUCGCCCUGCAGUACGAGAUCGACAUCCGCGAGAUGCCCGCCAACUCGACCACCGGCUACUUCCCCCAGGGCUCCUACUACCCCUGGCAAUACCCCGGUAACAUCUACGGUACCGAGGUCUUCGAGGUCAACGACAACCUGCGCAAGCUGGCCGUUGCCUUUGCCAAAAACGCCACCCUGGCCGAUAGCGACGACGCCAAGGCCUACCGUGCCAACUACGCCACUGCUGAUGGUAUCUACGCCGCUGGUGCGGCUGCCCCCGCCGUUGUCGAGUGUGAUGUCGCCACCAGCGAUGUCUACUACAGCGGUAACAUCCUGGGCCAGACCUUCUCCAAUUACACCUCCCUCCUGACCAACGGCACCGGCAACUACUGCGCCAGCGCCCAGGAAGACAACGCCUCCCUCGAGGCUCUCCUCCGUGCCGCCAAAUUCAACAUCACCGACUUCUCUCGCAUCAUCGUCAUGCGCACCGCCUCCGACUUUGACCGUCCCUACCCCGGCGAGUCGGCCCGUGAGAACCUGCUGUACGCGACCACGGGAGCCUACGAGCCCUCUGUCAAGAACAUCUACAACGCCGGUGUCAAGGUUGUCGAGGGUAUCAUCAACAACUGGAACAGCACCUUUGCUGCCGGUGUCAAGCCCAGCAACUACAUCGGUGACAUCUUCGGCACCUUGGGCGGUACUCCCGACUUUGGCCCGGGUCAGUACGAGUCCCUGGUUGAUGCGGGUGUGCUGAAGAAGCGUGGUGUGUCGAAGCGCUCCAUGCGGGGAUUGUAAUUUAUGAUGUCUAAUAUGUAGUACGAAUGAUGAGUGUCUGAAUAGGAUAGCUUAAUACCAUGUACCGAGUGCUUAUACCAGAG